GACAGCCGCGGACACGGCGUCGCGCGCCGGGAAGGGCACCGCGCAUACCAGGAGGCGAGCGCUGGGCGCCGAGAGGGGCAGCCCCGGGGGUCUCCGGCCGUCCAUGCACAGAGCGCCCUCCCCCACAGCCGAGCAGCCGCCGGGCGGAGGUGACAGCGCCCGCCGGACCCCGCAGCCCAGACUCAAGCCCGGUGCCCGAGCCAUGGCGCUGCCGCGGACCCUGGGGGAGCUGCAGCUGUACCGGGUCUUGCAGCGCGCCAACCUCCUUUCCUACUACGAGACCUUCAUCCAGCAGGGAGGGGACGACGUGCAGCAGCUGUGCGAGGCGGGAGAGGAGGAGUUCCUGGAGAUCAUGGCACUCGUGGGCAUGGCCACCAAGCCCCUCCAUGUCCGCCGCCUGCAGAAGGCGCUGAGAGAGUGGGCCACCAACCCAGGGCUCUUCAGCCAGCCGGUGCCUGCCGUGCCAGUCUCCAGCAUUCCGCUCUUCAAGAUCUCUGAGACUGCCGGGACCCGGAAAGGGAGCGUGAGCAACGGCCAUGGCAGCCCGGGGGAGAAGGCGGGCAGCGCCCGCAGUUUUAGCCCCAAGAGCCCUCUGGAACUUGGAGAGAAACUGUCCCCGCUGCCUGGGGGACCUGGGGCAGGGGAUCCCCGGAUCUGGCCAGGACGAAGUACUCCAGAGUCCGACAUUGGGGCGGGAGGAGAAGAGGAGGCAGGCUCGCCCCCCUUCUCCCCACCUGCAGGGGGAGGAGUCCCUGAGGGGGCUGGGGCCGGGGGUGGUCCAGAUCGCCUGGAACCCGAGAUGGUGCGCAUGGUGGUGGACAGCGUGGAAAGGAUCUUCCGGAGCUUCCCCCGGGGGGACGCUGGGGAGGUCACGUCCCUGCUGAAGCUCAACAAGAAGCUCGCGAGGAGCGUGGGACACAUCUUCGAGAUGGACGAUAACGACAGCCAGAAGGAGGAGGAGAUCCGCAAAUACAGCAUCAUCUAUGGCCGCUUCGACUCCAAACGGCGGGAGGGCAAGCAGCUCAGCCUGCACGAGCUGACCAUCAAUGAGGCUGCUGCCCAGUUCUGCAUGAGGGACAACACACUCCUCCUGCGGAGGGUGGAGCUCUUCUCCCUGUCACGCCAGGUGGCCCGAGAGAGCACCUACCUGUCUUCUUUGAAGGGUUCCAGGCUCCAUCCCGAAGAACUGGGAGGCCCCCCGCUGAAGAAGCUGAAGCAGGAGGUUGGAGAGCAAAGUCACUCCGAGAUGCAGCAGCCUCCCCCAGGCCCUGAGUCCUAUGCACCCCCAUACCGCCCCAGCCUGGAGGAGGACAGCGCCAGCCUGUCGGGGGAGAGUCUGGACGGACACUUGCAGGCUGUGGGGUCAUGCCCAAGGCUGACGCCGCCCCCUGCUGACCUGCCUCUGGCAUUGCCAGCCCACGGGCUGUGGAGUCGGCACAUCCUGCAGCAGACACUGAUGGACGAGGGGCUGCGGCUCGCCCGCCUCGUCUCUCACGACCGCGUGGGCCGCCUCAGCCCCUGUGUGCCUGCGAAGCCGCCUCUGGCAGAGUUCGAGGAGGGGCUUCUGGACCGAUGCCCGGCCCCAGGACCCCACCCCGCGCUGGUGGAAGGUCGCAGGAGCAGCGUGAAGGUGGAGGCCGAGGCCAGCCGGCAGUGAGGAUGGACCCCACCCGCCGGACGGCAGCUCCAGCUCCGAGCCGGCCUCGCCCCACGGCCCUGGAUCCUUCCGCUGCCCGUCACCCGCCCCCCACCUGCUCCCCACCCGCUCCAUGGAUACAGACCUGUGGGGCUUCAAGCAAUAAUGAGCAGGGGCCUGGGGGGGG